GGAUGAGUUAUAUUCACCGGAAAAAGUUCAAUAUGACCACGAUCUUGUCAACAAGCAUCUGGUGACGCUACAGAAACAAAUGGCGAUCGAGCAGAAAGUACGACAGGGAGCAGAGAACAUGAUACAUAUGUACAGUGCGUCGAAAGACAAGAAAUUGCUUGCGGAGGCUCAGCAAAUGUUGGAUGAUUCUAAGACAAUAGCCUUUCUUAAGAUGGCCAUACUUCGCGAGGAACAGCAGCAGCACAAUGCGAUGGAAGGACCAGAGAAUCAUUCCAGUAAACCAGUCCCACCAAAGCUUUCUCCGUUGGAAUAUCGAAUCGAGGCUAUACGUCAUCACAUUGAGAUCGAAACCCGCGUGAUUGAUGGGCUAAAUAACAUGAAGAAGUUAUUACAGGAGAAACAAGAUAAGAAACUGACACUAGAGACGGAUAAAACGAUCAAUGAAUCGAAGCAGAAAUUGGAUUUGCUCCUAUGCUCUUUAGAAAAACGAAUAGGUCAGACAUCGCCGAGACAAGCGACUGUAGGCAUCUUCCAGGAAAAUUACGGUAAAAGAGGAUCUGGUGGCUCGUUUGGGAACGACAACUCUCUUCCUAAACCAGCUGCGCUUACUGGAAAAUUAAUCGUAAUGCUACAAGGUGCUGAUAAUUUACUCGAGUCCGUACCAAACCGUGAUCCAAGGCGAAUGUCAGCGUUUUCUGUCUUCAGUCCGGAGAAUAAAUUUCGAAUGAGCAAGAAAGGAGCACCGACAGGAACAGAAAAUUACCUUUCAAAUGAGGUUUGCGCCGUGCUUAAACUGGACAACACGUACACGAAUCAGACUAAUUGGAGACCCGUUUCCAGGGAUGCCUGGGAACAAGAAUUUCGUAUAGAAUUGGAAAGGUCACGUGAGCUUGAAAUUGCUGUUUAUUGGCACGACUACAGAGCCAUGUGUGCUGUCGUCUUCCUGCGCUUGGAAGAAUUUCUUGAUAACAAGACGCACAACAUAACUGUUCCGUUAGAGCCUCAGGGAGAAAUUGUUGGCACUGUCACAUUUGUCAACCCGAUGGUCAGCAGAAAGCCAAAACUACAAAGGCAACGAAAGAUAUUCAAAAUGAAUCGUGGCAAGAACUUUCUGCGAGCACAACAGAUGAACACGAAUGUUGUCACGUGGGCAAGACUGCUCAAGAGUCUCGCUACACCACAGAAUUGUCAAACCACGUCAAACACGCUAAGUCCUGGAACAACUGGGACAUAUUCGGUCAUAUCCAAUUCACGUCCCACGAACAUGACACCUCCGCCAUAUCCAAAGUCGACCGAUGACCUUUACUACGAUAAAAACCCACCGUCUUCUCCAUCAAAUGACUUUCAUGAAAGAUCUCAAACAAUGCCUCACAAGAAGACCGUGGUUCAAACGCCGAGCAAGCACAGAGAACAGGAAGCUUUGGCAGCAUUUGGAUUUCUCGACCAUCAAACAAACGACUAUGUUGGUUCACCUGCAUCACCGACAGUUUCACACCGGAGAACAACGAGUAAUAGUAGUGGCGGGAAUGUGUCUCCUUCAGGUGGAAUAGUAACUAAUGUAAGCCCGAGAAAUUAUCCUCUGGUUUCUGACGAACGAAGAGCGCCGAGAGCAACGUCGUCCGUGUCUUCUGCGAUGAGCAUGAAAAAUUUCAGAACCAUCAGUGUUCUCGGAAGGGGACAUUUUGGAAAGGUUAUUCUUGGCGAAUAUAAAAACACUCGCGAGUUGUUUGCGAUAAAAGCGUUAAAAAAAUCCGACAUUAUAUCGAGAGAUGAAGUUGAAAGUUUACAGUCGGAGAAAAGGAUAUUCUUGGCUGCCAACAAAACAAGACAUCCAUUCUUAGUCAAUUUGUUCGCUUGCUUUCAAACGAAGAGUCACGUGUGCUUUGUGAUGGAGUACGCCUCGGGCGGUGAUCUCAUGAUGCAUAUACAUAACGAAGUAUUCUCGGAAAAAAGAGCCGUGUUUUAUACGUCAUGCGUUGUACUUGGUUUGCAGUAUCUACACGACCACGAAAUUGUUUACAGAGAUCUCAAGUUGGAUAAUCUUUUACUGGAUGCUGAGGGUUACGUAAAGAUUGCUGACUUUGGACUUUGUAAAGAAGGCAUGGGUUAUGGCGCUAGAACGGGCACGUUUUGUGGCACACCGGAGUUCUUGGCGCCCGAAGUUCUUACUGAAACUUCUUACACACGUUCUGUCGACUGGUGGGGCUUAGGUGUAUUGAUAUUUGAAAUGUUGGUCGGAGAGUCCCCAUUCCCCGGAGAUGAUGAAGAGGAAGUGUUCGAUUCUAUUGUGAACGACGAAGUUCGUUAUCCUAAGUUUUUAUCCGUCGAAGCUGUCACCAUCAUGAGAAGGUUGCUUCGACGCAAUCCUGAAAAAAGACUUGGAGCUGGUGAAAAUGACGCCGAGGAUGUGAAAAAACAACCGUUCUUUAGGGAUGUAAAUUGGAGAGAACUUUUAUCACGGAAAGUUCGACCACCAUUUGUACCAACGCUGAAUCACGCGGAAGAUGUUAGUAAUUUUGAUGAAGAAUUCACCUCAGAAGAUCCAGUUUUAACACCGCCCAAAGAGCCUAGACCUCUUACAGUUGAGGAUCAGGCAUUGUUCGUAGACUUCGACUAUAUUGCAGAUUGGUGUUGAUUUGAUAGACCGUAUAUACUCAUGUUACCAUCACAUCAACAUUAUUACCACCCAGAAUCCCACACUACACCCAGUGGUUGCCCAUUGUCACAAAUGCUCUACGGAAUCGAUGGUUGAACUGGCAAUACUUAGCCAUUCAUGUUACUGAUCCUGUAUCAAUGUACACGAACACAUAUAGUUAUCAUAGGGAUGAUUCAUCCAUAGUAAUUUGCAAUGAUUAGGAAAUAUUGAAAGUUGAUGACGUCAUGUGUAUAGCCAUGUCAUCGAUAUGAAAAUGCCUAGCUUAUAUAUAAUGGUCAAGUUCACUAAAUCGUAAAUCUCUGGUAGAUGAAUGGAAGGCGUUUUCAAACAGCACCGUGGAGUAUGAGAAUUUGGCCAACCCUCCUGUCUAAAAUCGAUAUUCAUUUGCACAAAUUUAUAAACUUGCUUUUAUGCGUAAAAUUACUCCACGGUGUGCCUCACACUAACUUACGUCACUGAUCUACUGUCCCGGAUGAUAUGAACUUUGAAUGUCUUUGAAGGAUAAUCAAUGUUCAAUAUCUCUGCUUCAAUGUGUUUUCAAAGAGAACGGUUGAAGUAAGUCUUUGUCAAAUUUGUUUUAUCAAACUCCAUCACUCGUUCCUUAGGAAUGUUUGUUUUACGGUUAUUUUUAUUGUUUUGCGAUCAUUUUGUAAACACUGUCAAGUAGCUUUUUGUGUAGAUGAAAAUAUUUCCCUUUGAAUCGUGGCCAACGUAGGGGCUGCCGACAUUAACGAGUUCUCUGGACCAAUGUCGUGAAUGAAACCUGUGUGCAGGUGUGUGCAGGUGUCCAGUUAUAGCAAGUAGUGAAAUUUGUAAGAUUAGUGGAAAAUUUUGAACUUUUGUAAUUCGUAUUUAAUGCCUAUGAUGACUGCAAAUGAAUAUUUUUUGAUCAAA